AUGGGUAAUGGAGCAAAGGCAGCAAUGCGUCGUGACCGCAGUGAAAAAGAUGCCAAAGGCGGAAAGAGUCAGCUCAAGACUAACCAAGCUGCAAUGAAUAUCAUUUGUAGUAUCUGUCGACAAACAUUCUUGCAAACUAUCAAACGCAAGGCACUGGAGGAACAUGUUGCCGGAAAGCACGCUGGAAAGGAUUUUAAAUUGUGCUUUCCAAAUUUCACAGACUGA